UCUCUACCUUCAAGAACUACGCGAAAAUGUGGGUUAUUUUGGCUUCCAGUGUUUCGGCCAUUUUAAUAGGCGUUGUGAUCACAUCAUACGUGACUAUUUUCUAUGGAUUGAAAAGAUGCGUUGUUCAGCCUGUUAAAAAUGGAAAUGUAGCUCCAACGAGCGAAAUAGCUUACCGAAAAUGUGGACAAGCCCCAGGUCCACUGCCUUGGCCCAUUAUUGGAAACCUGCAUCUGCUGGAUCGCUAUCGAGAUAGCCCCUUUGCUGGAUUUACCGAGUUGGCCAAACAAUACGGGGACAUUUACUCCCUGACUCUUGGACACACACGCUGCUUGGUGGUGAACAAUCUGGAGCUGAUCCGUGAGGUCCUGAACGAAAACGGAAAGGUGAUGGGUGGACGACCGGACUUUAUACGCUAUCAUAAGCUAUUUGGAGGCGAGCGGAGCAAUUCAUUGGCUCUCUGCAACUGGUCACAACUGCAGCAGAAGAGGAGGAACCUCGCCCGACGUCACUGUUCGCCCAGGGAGUCCUCCUCCUUCUACAUGAAAAUGUCCCAAAUUGGAUGUGAGGAGAUGGAGCACUGGAAUCGCGAGCUUAGGGAACAUUUGAUCCCUGGUAAACCCAUCGAGCUAAAGCCCCUCAUUCUCAAGGCCUGUGCCAACAUGUUCAGUCAGUAUAUGUGUUCCCUGAGAUUCGACUACGAUGAUGUGGCGUUCCAUCAGAUUGUGCAGUACUUUGAUGAGAUUUUCUGGGAGAUCAAUCAAGGUCAUCCCUUGGAUUUUCUACCCUGGCUGUAUCCCUUUUACCGGCGGCACCUCAGCAAAAUCAUCAACUGGUCCACGUCCAUCAGGAAAUUUAUACUGGAACGGAUUAUCUGUCACCGAGAGGUGAACAUCGACUUGGAUGAACCGGAUAGGGAUUUUGCCGAUGCCCUACUAAGAAGUCUCAUUGAGGAUAAAGAGGUUUCCCGGAACACGAUCAUCUUUAUGCUGGAGGAUUUCAUUGGUGGACACUCGGCGGUCGGAAAUCUUGUGAUGCUUGUUUUGGCCUAUAUAGCCAAGAAUCAUGACAUAGGAGGGAGAAUCCAAGAGGAAAUAGAUGCCAUAGCUUUGGAGGAGGACAGACAAGUCAAUCUACUGGAUAUGAAUGCGAUGCCCUAUACAAUGGCCACGAUCUUUGAGGUGCUGCGAUACUCAUCCUCACCGAUUGUGCCCCAUGUGGCCACAGAGGAUACAGUGAUCUCUGGCUACGGGGUCACAAAGGGCACCAUUGUGUUCAUCAACAACUAUGUGCUGAACACCAGCGAUAAGCAUUGGAUCAAUCCAAAAGAAUUUAAUCCGUUACGGUUUCUGGAGAAAUCAAAUGAGCAAAGCCCCAAAAAUUCCAAAGGUUGCGAUUCGGGCAUCGAAAGCGAUAAGGAGAAACUUCAACUAAGAAAGAAUAUUCCCCAUUUUCUACCCUUUAGCAUUGGAAAACGGACUUGCAUUGGACAGAAUUUGGUCAGGGGCUUUGGUUUCCUGGUCCUCGUUAACGUAAUGCAGAGAUAUAAUGUGAGCAGCAAUGAUCUAUCGACGAUUCAAAUCAGUCCAGAGAGUUUGGCACUGCCUGCCAAUUGUUUUCCAUUGGUCUUGACACCUAGGGAAAACAAAAGGGCCAGGUAA